CCCGGGUUACUGAGAAUGAUUUUCCAUGACUGUUUUGUUCAAGGCUGCGACGGUUCGAUUCUUAUAAACGGGCCUUCGACUGAGAAAACGGCUCCUCCGAAUCUUUUGUUGAGAGGGUAUGAAGUUAUUGAUGAUGCCAAGGCACAGCUCGAAGUUGCGUGCCCUAACACCAUAUCUUGCGCUGAUAUUCUUGCUCUUGCUGCUCGCGACGCUGCUGUUCAGGCUGGUGCAUUGACAUAUCUUGUGCCUACUGGCCGCAGAGAUGGACGCGUUUCAUUAGCAUCUGAUACUGCUAAUUUGCCCGGGUUUACCGAUUCAGUUGAAGUCCAGAAGCAAAAGUUUGCAGCUAAAGGUCUAAGCACCGAAGAUCUCGUCACACUAGUAGGCGGGCACACUAUCGGGACAGUGGCAUGCCAAUUCAUCAGAUACAGAUUGUACAACUUCACAACCACUGGUGGUGCUGAUCCCUCAAUUGAUCCCACAUUUCUUCCCACACUUCAAUCGCUUUGUCCCGUAGACGGAGACGGAAGCAAACGUAUCGGAUUAGACUAUGGAAGCAGUGACAAGUUCGACCAUUCGUUCUUCAAAAAUGUACAGAGUAGCAGAGGAAUUCUUGAAUUAGAUCAAAGGCUAUGGGCAGAUGCUUCUACUAAAAAUGUGGUGCAGAGAUAUAUUGGUAUCAGGGGACUGGCUGGAUUGACUUUAAACUUUCAGUUUGGAAGGUCGAUGAUUAAAAUGAGUGGGAUUGAAGUGAAAACUGGUACAGCUGGGGAAAUUCGUAAAGUUUGCUCAACAAUUAACUGAGAAAUCGGUUGAUUUGAAUGACAUUAUGUGGUUUAU